ACGCUGUCUGCGCCAGACGCUCUUGAGCGAGAGUCGCCGCGGUUUCCUGCUUCAACAGUGCUUGGACGGAACCCGGCGCUCGACCCCCCGCCCCAGCCGGCCACUCAGAGCCAGCACUCCUCCGCCACCUUCUUACAGCGCCCUCCGACUGCCCCCGGGCCCUCGCCGCCGCUCCAGCUCCGUGCAGCCGCCGCAACCUCUCAGCCACCCGCCAUGACGACCGCGUCCCCCUCGCAGGUGCGCCAGAACUACCACCAGGACUCGGAGGCCGCCAUCAACCGCCAGAUCAACCUGGAGCUGUACGCCUCCUAUGUCUACCUGUCCAUGUCUUACUACUUUGACCGUGAUGAUGUGGCUUUGAAGAACUUUGCCAAGUACUUCCUCCACCAGUCUCAUGAGGAGAGGGAACAUGCGGAGAAACUAAUGAAGCUGCAGAACCAGCGCGGGGGCCGGAUCUUCCUUCAGGACAUCAAGAAACCAGACCGUGAUGACUGGGAGAAUGGCCUGAAUGCAAUGGAGUGUGCGUUGCACCUGGAACAAAGUGUCAAUCAGUCACUGCUGGAACUGCACAAACUGGCCACUGACAAGAAUGACCCCCACUUGUGCGACUUCAUCGAGACUCAUUACCUGGAUGAGCAGGUGAAGGCCAUCAAGGAACUGGGCGACCACGUAACCAACCUGCGCAGGAUGGGAGCCCCCACGGCUGGCAUGGCAGAGUACCUCUUCGACAAGCACACCCUGGGACACAGUGAUAACCAGAGCUAAAGCCUGAAGCUGACCACGCCGCAGCCAGGGCGCAGCUUCCCUGGCUGUGCACCAAGGCAGUGCAUGCAUAUCGGGGCCACCUUGACCUUUUCUAUACACUGUACCAAAACAUCCACCUAUGUACUUUAAUUUGUACCAUCCUUUCAAAUAAAGAAAUUUGGUACCCAA